AGAGAGAGAGAGAGAGAGAGAGAACGAAGACGGAGAUAACUCAUUUCUUCGUCUUCGCCCUCUUCACCCUGGAAAGCGUUAAAGAUGGCAGAAGAGCAAAAGUCGAAUCAGAAGCGUAAGAAAUCGAUCCCGCCGUACAUGAAGGCGGUCUCAGGUUCGAUCGGAGGAAUCGUCGAAGCAUGUUGUCUGCAACCGAUCGACGUUAUGAAGACGAGGUUGCAGCUCGACAGGUCCGGUGCUUACAAGGGAAUUCUUCACUGCGGCACCACCAUUGUUCGGACCGAAGGUGUGCGAGCUCUGUGGAAAGGUUUGACUCCCUUCGCCACUCAUCUCACUCUCAAGUAUUCUCUUCGAAUGGGCUCCAACGCCCUGCUUCAAGCUGCUUUCAAGGAUUCUCAGACUGGCAAUCUCAGUAAUCAAGGACGGUUGCUUGCUGGUUUCUGUGCUGGGGUCCUCGAAGCCCUCGUUAUUGUUACUCCAUUUGAGGUGGUGAAGAUUAGACUGCAACAACAGAAAGGGCUGAGCGCUGAGCUUCUAAAAUACAAGGGUCCUAUACAGUGUGCUCGAAUGAUCAUCCAUGAGGAAGGCCUCUUGGGGCUCUGGUCUGGUGCUGCUCCCACUGUCAUGCGUAAUGGGAUAAACCAGGCUGCCAUGUUCACAGCAAAGAAUGCAUUUGAUGUAGUCCUUUGGAGCAAACAUGAAGGAGAUGGAAAGGUCCUCCAACCAUGGCAAUCCAUGGUGUCAGGGUUCAUGGCAGGAACUGUAGGUCCAAUAUGCACGGGCCCCUUUGAUGUAGUGAAGACAAGGCUUAUGGCUCAGAGCCGAUCAGGGGACGGGGUAAAGUACAAGGGCAUGUUCCAUGCAAUCAGAACUAUUGGUGCAGAAGAAGGUGUGGUUGCAUUGUGGAAAGGAUUGCUUCCUAGGCUUAUGAGGAUACCCCCUGGUCAGGCCAUCAUGUGGGCAGUGGCUGACCAAGUGACGGGCUUCUAUGAGCGGAGAUACAUAAACAAUGCACCCUUAUAGGCACAACAUUUAUUGUUCGUUUCUUCUUCUUCUUCCUCCGGACAAUUCAUUUAUCUAACAGAGAGCCAUGUAUUCUUUCUUUUUC